AUGGAUCGCCAAAAAGGCAAGCCAUCAGAGCCAACAGGUCCUCUGCCAGAGCCUGUCGAUGCUGCUGCAGGUGAUGGAGUCAUUGUUCCCCAUGUUCCCGUGGAGGGAGGGGAGGACUGUGUUCCUGUAGAGCCAGCCUGCAAGAAAGCUCGGCGUGGCCGGCCUCCCAAGGGAGAGAAAUCCGAUUUCAACCUCCUGAACUUCUUGGAGAGUGAUCGUUCUGGGCAAUACAAGAACCGACAUGAAGAAUCUGUUUUCCACAGGCAGGCUGUGGCCAGGCAGCAAGGAGUUGAAGAUUUGGAGGGCCUCCCGCUGUGCAAUGGCUUAGAUCUUGAAUCAGAGGAAGGAUCUUGCACUUCUUUUGGCAAUCCUGAUAUGCUUUCUUUGGUGCGCCUGUGGUUGGGGACCGGUUGCAUUGCUGUUGAGGGAUCAGCCCUGUCCAGCAUCUUCGUAAAGAACGCAGCGCCUCCAAGCACUGGUAUUAUUAUCCAAGAUGAAUCUUGUGCGACUGGAGGCCAGAGUCAUGUCUUGCGUGGAGGCACAUGCUGCAGACAGUGCCUGUCAGCAGCAAACAGGAAGAAAUGCAUCGAUUUGGUGAAGGAAUGGGCUUUUCGGGUGUCCUUCGCAGACUUGACGCAUACCUGUCUCUUGCCCGACAGAACAGAGCAGUUGUGCCAGGCAUCGUGGAUGAAAAGUGCUUUCCCCGAGGUUGCAGACCAACCGUUGGAGAAUAUUUCCUACCACGAGGCCUGCAGCAGAACAAGAAAUCUCUUUAUGCACAUCCCAGUCUCCAAGCAAAAUGCAGCAUUGGUGUCGUUCAUUGGUCGGUCUCUGAAGUUUUUGACUCCUUCCAUGAUUGCGGGACUCAGCGACGAAAUGAAAAAGAAGGUUGUGACGUACGUGGAUGCUCUGGCUAGUGGUAAGCUGCAGCCGUAUGAGAGUUCAGCAAUGGAACUCAUUGGGUCUGGCUCUCUCAAGUCAUCUGACUUGGCGCGCACACUAGUGCCAAUGCUUUUACGGAAAGCAGACAAAAUGAGGAGAGGCUGCACUGAGAGACUUGGUGGUGGUUUGGAUGCUAACGCCGACCUGUCCACCGGCGUUGUCGAGUUGGGUUUCCUCCUUGGAGGUUGCAUCAAGUCACCUGAGAUCCAAAAAGCGUUUGGAAUCGCCCGAAACACCGCGAAGGAGAUCGAAUGCCCGUUGAUCAACAGCUUCUUGCCUCGAUUCUUCCUGGCCGACGGAGAGGUCUUGGUUGAAAGCGUCUCUCGAGCAUUGAACUUCAUUGAGAGUGAUGGGAUGCAUCGUGAUUACAUGGUCUGUCGUGACGAAGUCGUGUACUCAAGAACCUACAACAUGGUUUAUGGCCUGAGUCCUGACAAUCCACGGCAAAGCCAUAUUGUGGGCGGCAGCUAUCCCGAGCAUUCUUUUGUAGAAUCUCAACAUGGACGGCCGCCCAUGGAACACUUGGCACAGGUCCACUGCUGUACCCUGUUGAAGCGGUUGGACACCUGCUCCGGAGGCUUUAUGGUGCAGCAUUUGCCCCGCAGGAAAUUGAUCACAGCGGCCUCUGAGGCCCAGGACAUCGCCAUCUUCCUUGACGCGUGUUGUCAAGCCAACAGCGACAAUCCGCCGCUGGUUGUUGCUACAGAUUGCCACUUCUCCUUUGAUCUGUUCCACAGGAUCCUGGUAGGGUUGGUCAAGAAGACUGAGUUCCAAGAUCUUCCCUUUCUGCGCUUCGUCAGGCCAGGUAGUGCGUACUUCCAUGCUUUGGCUUUUGGCCAAUGGACCGCCAGUGCAGCCUUUGACUUCGAGGAACUGUUUCUCAACACGAUGACUGCGUAUUACAUCAUGCUCAUUUGCUGUAUGCUGGCGCAUGAAAAGCGCGGCAGCCGUGAUAUGUGGCUGCAAUGGCUUCCGCAAUGCACAGCCCGCAACAUGCUUCGGAUGAUUGGGCAGCUAGCCACUCGCUUGAAGACAUGGCCCUCAAGAGCAGUCAUGGAACCAUCCAAGACGACAGAAGACAGCAUCGAGCUUGAGCGUGACCUCAACGCAAAGCAGAAGAGACGCAUGCUUCAAAAAGUGACUCGCAACCGUGACAAACUGGAGAAGAAGUUGGGCCGACCUUUGCAGUUGAUCAAGAAGUAG